AUGUUGAGCAGUGUUUCUCUACGGGAACAGAUCGCUUCCAUCAUAGAGGUACUUUCUAAAGCUGCCGUUGCAGAAAUUAGCAAAGUAGUCGACGAUGACAUAGUUGUGUUACGUGUGGAAAUGUGUCAACGGGAAAAUGAAAUAAACGUCCUGAAAAAGAAUUUACAACAACUUGACAGCGAGCUUCGAAGAGCUCGAGCUCGUGGGAUUCAAGCUCGAAGACGCAUCCAUAAUGGUCGAUCAGUCGCUGCUGAGAAUCUUGGGAGAGAAGGUGGGUACGCUUACGUAGUAGUAGCAACUAUUAUCAAAAAAUAGUUAGCAAUCGUUAACUAUGCAUGUAACAUUGGUCAACUAGCAAUAUCACAAUUUUGCAGGUAAACAAUGUAGGCUUAUUUAAUCAGCCUACUCACGUUCACAUUGAACCAGAAUCUGGGUUUACAGGAGACGUUGAAUACGUUGAUUCUCCUUAAGCCCAGGACGCAGCCAUUCACUAGCUUUUCAAGAUUCAAAAUUUAAAAAUAGGUACGGAACUUACUAAAGAAUGUAGUUUAAUUUCGUUACGGCCGGUAUGUACUUCCAAAAAAGCUCUAAAUAAAAAGUUACAUGCAACCGAAAAAAUGUAUUGUCUGGAAAUAAUUUAAGUAUUGUUUUUGACCAAGUGCGCAUGCACCUCUUCUGAACCUCCUGCAAUAUUUGUAAUGUAAUUAAAAUACACUAAAUAAAGCCUAUCUAGAAAUGUACAAUCACUGUAAAAACGUACACUAUUGUCUACUUACAUUAAAUAUUAUUGCGUGUAGCGCCGGUGAAACAGAUUGAUAUCAUGUUCAUACACUGUUGUAGGGGAUAAAACAGAGAUCUGUAUAUAGUGACGAGAUGCUCAUGUCUCCGGCCUAACAAUGGGGGGAGUCGUCCCAAAGGCGGGAAGGCAAGCGAUAAGCUUAGGUCAAAAUAACACCAUGGAAACGAAUUGGGCUUAUUUUGGACAGGUUUUGGCGAGAGUGAAACCUCAUGUUUUAGCACCUCUUCUCUAGCCGCCUCCUCUCUGAAUAAAAUCUAUUACCUCUCCUCCUGCAAAAUUAGCGGAUCUGUGCGUGGCAGUAAUGUGUGAUAGGGGUGGCAGGUAGCCAAGUGAGCGUUGGACCAGUUAUCGAAAUGUUGCUGGUUCGAAUCUCUGAGCUGACUGUCGAUCAAAUCAAACACAUGCACCUAAUACAACAGGUAUUCACCUUACAGUGAAAUACUUACUUACAAGCCCUUAACCAACAAUGCAGUUUUUAAGAAAAGGGAAAAAAAGUGUUAAGUAAAAAAUAGAUAAAAAAAUAGCAAAUAAUUAAAGAGCAGCAGUAAAAUAACAGUAGGGAGGCUAUAUACAGGGGGUACUGGUACAGAGUCAAUGUGCGGGGGUACAGGUUAGUCGAGGUAAAAGAGGUAAUAUGUACAUGCAGGUAGGGGAAAUGUGACUAUGCAUAGAUUAUAAACAACGAGUAGCAACAGUGUUAAAAAAAGAAAUGGGGGGGAGGGGGGUGAAUGAAAAUAAUCUGGGUAGCCAUUUGAUUAAUUGUUCAGCAGUCUUAUGGCUUGGGGGUAGAAGCUUUUAAGGAGCGGUGAUGCAACCGGUCAGGAUGCUCUCGAUGGUGCAGCUGUAUAACUUUUUGAGGAUCUGGAGACCCAUGUCAAAUCUUUUCAGUCUCCUGAGAGGGAAUAGGCGUAUUCGUGCCGUCUUUAUGACUGUCUUGGUGUGUUUGGACCAUGAUAGUUUGUUGGUGAUGUGGACACCAAGGAAUUUGAAGCUCUCGACCCGCUCCACUACAGCCCCGUCGAUGUGAAUGGGGGCGUGUUCAGCCCUCCUUUUCCUGUAGUCCAUGAUCAGCUCCUUUGUCUUGGUCACGUUGAGGAAGAGGUUGUUGUCCUGGCACCACACUGCCAGGUCUCAGACCUCAUCCCUAUAGGCUGUCUCAUCGUUGUCGGUGAUCAGGCCUACCACCGUUGUGUCGUCAGCAAACUUAAUGAUGGUGUUGGAAUCGUGCUUGGCCACGCAGUCGUGGGAGAACAGGGAAUACAGGAGGGGACUAAGCACGUACCCCUGAGGGGCCCCUAUGUUGAGGAUCAGCGUGGCGGAUGUGUUGUUGCCUACCCUUACCACCUGGGGGGUGGCCCGUCAUGAAGUCCAGGAUCCAGUUGCAGAGAGAGGUGUUUAGUCCCAGUGUCCUUAGAUUAGUGAUGAGCUUUGUGGGCGCUAUGGUGUUGAACGCUAAGCUGUAAUCAAUGAACAGCAUUCUCACGUAGGUGUUCCUUUUGUCCAGGUGGGAAAGGGCAGUGUGGAAUCAAAUCAAAUAUUAUUUGUCAACUGCGGCCUUAUGAACGUUGACCUGCUUACUCACAUCGGCUACGGAGAGCGUGAUUACACAGUCGUCCGGAACAGCUAGUGCUCUCAUGCAUGCUUCAAUGUUGCUUGCCUCGAAUGCGAGCAUAAAAAGCAUUUAGCCUGUCUAGUAGGCUCACGUCACUGGGCAGGUCGCGGCUGGGUUUCCCUUUGUAGCCCUUAAUAGUUUGCAAGCCCUGCCAGAUCCGACGAGCGUCAGAGCCGGUGUAGCAGGAUUCAAUCUUAGUCCUGUAUUGACUCUUUGCCUGUUUGAUGGUUCGUCGGAGGGCAUAGCAGGAUUUCUUUUAAGCGUUCGUGUUAGUGUCCCGCUCCUUGAAAGCGGCAGCUCUCGCCUUUAGCUCGCUGCGGAUGUUGCCUGUAAUCCAUGAUUUCUGGUUGGGAUAUGUACGUACGGUCACUGUGGGGACAGUCUUUGAUGCACUGAUUGAUGAAGCUGGUGACUGAGGUGGUAUACUCCUCAAUGCCAUCAGAUGAAUCCCGGAACAUAUUCCAGUCUGUGCUAGCAAAACAGUCCUGUCAUUAGCAUCCACGUCAUCUGACCACUUCUAAAUGAAUAAACUAAGCCUUGUUUUUUUCACCAUACUAACAUUAUUUAAUGAGAAUGCAACUAAUAUCGUAAAUUGAUAAACAGAAAAAUUGCACGGCGCAAAACUAUUAUAUUGGAUAUCGCGAUAUUUGUAGUAACAUAUCAUAGAAGCGGUCUCCCCAUCGCCCAACCCUAACAGACACUGAUCCAUUUUGAUUAUCAUAAAAAAAAACAAUGAAGGAUUUUGAUGACAUGCAAUACUUAUUCAUUUCCACAGGGCCAGGUAAAAGCGGUACCACUUGUGUAGGGAGGACCUCGCUUGAGAAACUGCAGACUGGGGAAGAUGGUAAUGAAAAAGAUGACGAAGACAUUCGACGUGCAGAUGAGACUCGGGUGAAGGCUGAGCCAGGAGUGGAGCUGGAACAGGCAGAGCAAACUACAGGGAGAAAAGACAAAGGUCGUCUGGAUGCUGAACUGUCAAUGUAUGACAGAGACAGCCAGCAGUGGAUGUCCAGUUCACAAGAAGAAAAUGAUAUGGAGAUGAGCAAUUCAGAAUAUUGUAAUAGUUCAGGGCAAAACUCCCAGUGUCUCCCUGAUCACUCUCCUGUACCUUCUGGAAAUUCCGGAAAGGCGGAAGCAUCAUGCAGCAGUGUUUCGUUUCCAGGGAAACCAUAUGUUGAUGUAAGAGAGGAUAUGAUUUCACAGCUCAGACAGCCACAACAUUAUUGGCAGUCAGACAUACUCAGGAGAACAAGCGACGGCACAGUACAGUCAAACCCAGACCCUAGAAGUGUAUUGGGUUUUGGCUCAAAUUAUAAUGCUGCAAGGAGAGCGAGGACCAAGAGAUUUUGCCAGGUUAAGAAACACUUCUUUUGCACACUGUGUGGAAAGAGUUUUGAACGUUACGGUCAUCUUGAAAGGCAUCUGCGAAUUCAUACGGGUGAGAAACCAUACGGCUGUGACAUAUGCGGAAGAUGUUUCAACCAGAAGAGUAGCCUCAAAGGGCAUCUGAAGACUCACAGAGGUAAGAGAAUAGAAUCCCUAUGUAAACAGUACAUUGGUUAUAGAUCAUAGACGAUUCCAUGUCUGUGUACCAAAUGACACCCUAUUCCCUAUGUAGAGCUAUGGGCUCUGGUUAAAAGUAGUGCUUUAUAUAGGUAAUUGGGUACAAUUUGGAACACUCACUAGAUAACACCAAUAUAUUGGUUAUUAUAGGACAUAAACUAUUCCAUGCCUCAUUAUUUUAUUAAUUAAAUGUAAUAUUUCCACACAGUAUCGAUGGACGUACAAGCUAACAACGAGGAGAAGCCUCCCCUGGAUAGACGUCAGUCUGAGGAAGAGCAAUUCAACACAAAGAAUGAAGUGGUCCAAACUGCUCCUGAGAUACCUGUGAAGUCGGAGCCAGGGGAGGAGAAGGAUGCAUCCCAGACACUGAAUCAUAAAGGAGAAGAACAGACUGCAGGAAGAGCAGAAGAACUGGCUGCUGACUUGUCAUUGUGUGAGAGAGAGAGCCAGUCGUGGAUGUCCGGCUCACAAGCAGACAAUGAUAUUGAGACAAGCAAUUCAGAAUAUUUCAGCAGUUCAGGUCACAAGUCACAGUGUCUCCCUGACCACUCACCUUUACAUGCUGUCCCAGGAAUGGUGGAAGCGUCAUGCAGCAGUGCUUCAUUUCCAGGAAAACCUUAUGUUGAUGUCAGAGAGGAUAUGAUUUUGCAGCUCAGACAGCAACAUUAUGGACCUUCAGACACACUCUUGAUAGCAAGUGAUGGCACAGUACAGUCAAACUCACAGGGCAUGGAAGGGGAUACACUGAACCAUAGGCCUAUCUUCUCUAGUUUUCCAAGGAAAGUGAGAACCUUCCAAGAAGUCACCAAGGACAAGAAGUGCUUCAUCUGUUCAUUCUGUGGGAAAGUUUUUGAGCGGAUUGGUCAUCUGCAAAGGCACCAGCGAAUUCAUACGGGUGAGAAACCGUACAGAUGUGAAAUAUGCGGAAGGUGUUUCAACCAGAAGAGCAGCCUCAAAGGGCAUCAGAAGACUCACAGAGGUAAGAGACAAAAAUAAUAUUGAUGUUUGUCAUACUUUUAAUACAUGAAAAAUGUUAACUCUUAAGUGCAUAAAUCUGUUAAUUCUUCUAUAAUGAACUAAGGGUGCAUCCUAAAUGGCACCCUAUUCCCUUUUAUAGUGUACUACUUUUGACCAUGGCCCAUAGGGCUCUGAUCAAAGUAGUGCACUACAUACAGAAUAGGGUGUCAUUUGGGACAGAUACUAAAUGUUUUCCUGGUCUCUUUCAGUGGUUUAGGAUGAAGUUUAACAGCUAAUGUUGGAUUGCCAUAUUGAUGUUAUAAUCAAUGCUAAAAUAUUUGGGACUCUUGUUUUGUCAAGCAGAUGGUGUUGAAAUGCUAACGGAACAACCUCAACUUGAUGAUAAGAAGCCUGAUGUCCAUCCUAGACCCCCAGAGGAAGAGAGGGCUCAGCCCUCACCUGCUGAAGCACAGCCUAGCUCUGGGGACAGUGAAGACAAGGAGGGGGGAAGUGGGCAGGGGUUAGUAGUGAAAGCAGAGCGAGAGAAGGAGUUUAAAGCCCAUACAAUCAAUCUGUCUGGAGAUCAACACCAACAAAGCACAGAGCGACCAGGUUAUCAGGACGACCCAGAGUAUGUCAUGGAUGAGAGGGAGAGUCAGCUGUGUAGAUCUUUUACAGCAGAGAGGCACAAUGAUAGCGAGUCUGGAUCUGUACAUCCAGGUUGCUCCUUCGAUGGUACAAAGCAGCAGAAUUCCCAUCCAGUUUCACCCAGUGUCAAAUACAAUCACAGUCAUUUUGAUGAAAUGCACCACCACGGGUUCUAUACGUCAGCAUCUAGAGAGGUGGAACUUGAACAAUUGUCUUUUCAGGAUGAGAAAGACAAGUUGGAAAUGAUUGAGAAAGAGCAGUAUGCAGGAAUGGCUCUACAUGCAAGGAACAGCAAGGAUGGCAAUGGGACAAUACUACCCAGGUUUCAGGACCAGGUACCACUACCCGUAGAGGAGGAAACGGCAAUGAGAGAGUACAUCACAGAACCAAACAGUCAAGAAGGCAUUUUAUUUGCCCUUGGUAUAGACGGUUUUGACAGCACAGACAACACAAGAAAUAGAUGUUUCAUAUGCUCCAUUUGUGGGAAGAGUUUUGAUCGCCAUAGUCAUUUUGAAAGACACCAGCGCACUCAUACUGGUGAGAAGCCCUACAGCUGUGAGAUAUGUGGAAAGAGUUUCACUCAGAAGAGCAGCCUGAAAGCUCAUCAGAGACUUCAUACAGGGUAG